UUACUUCAUCACUUUUUAAUGAGCUCAACUCUCACUCCUAUUUAUGUUCUCCUCAAACGAUCCAACCAUUUUUCCUUUCCCAGAAUGAAACUCCGCAGGAUUCGUCCAAGUGAAUCAGUCCGCGGAGUGAUGUUCUAGGAUUCGCGUGAUGUGAUUUUAAUUAUAAGGUUCCUCUAAUGGAGUCAUGCGACUGCGUUGAGAGCCACUGGCCAGCUGAUGGAAUCCUGGUGAAAUAUCAAUACAUAUCAGAUUUUCUCAUCGCAAUUGCAUACUUCUCUAUUCCUCUGGAGCUCAUUUACUUUGUUCAGAAAUCUUCAUUCUUUCCAUAUAGAUGGGUGCUGAUACAGUUUGGUGCUUUCAUCAUUCUCUGUGGAGCAACUCAUCUAAUUAAUCUGUGGACAUUCACUCUUCACUCGAAAACUGUUGCAGUGGUAAUGACCAUAGCAAAAGUCUCUACUGCUGUUGUAUCGUGUGUGACAGCGUUAAUGCUCGUUCACAUCAUUCCCGAUCUGCUCAGUGUGAAAACAAGAGAGUCGUUUCUGAAAAACAAGGCAGAAGAAUUAGAUAGAGAGAUGGGGCUUAUCAUAAAGCAAGAGGAAACUAGCAGGCAUGUCCGAAUGCUAACUCAUGAGAUCAGAAGCACACUUGACAGGCACACUAUACUGAGAACUACUCUCGUUGAGCUGGGAAGGACCUUAGAUUUGGAAGAAUGUGCACUGUGGAUGCCGUCUCAACGAGGCUUGAAUCUGCAGUUAUCCCAUACUCUGAGCAAUCUCAUACCAGUUGGAUCCACUGUGCCCACUAGUCUUCCAAUUGUGAAUGAAGUCUUUAGCCGGGCUGAAGCAAUCCAUAUUCCACACACAUGCCCUUUGGCAAAUAUUAAGCCUGUCCCCGGUCGAUAUAUGUCUCCUGAAUCUGUUGCUGUCCGUGUACCACUCUUGGACCUCUCAAACUUCCAUAUCAACAACUGGCCCGAACUGUCAGCUAAAAGCUAUGCUGUGAUGGUUCUUGUUCUCAAUGGAAUUAGACAAUGGCGCGAGCAUGAGCUUGAACUUGUAGAAGUCGUUGUUGACCAGGUGGCAGUAGCUCUCUCUCAUGCUGCAAUCCUGGAAGAAUCCAUGCGUUCCCACGAUCAGCUCGUGCAACAGAAUGUAGCACUGGAUCUAGCUCGACGAGAAGCAGAGCUGGCUAUCCGUGCUAGGAACGACUUCCUCGCUGUAAUGAACCACGAGAUGAGAACGCCAAUGCAUGCCAUCUUAUCUCUAUGUUCAAUGCUCUUAGAAGCUGAGCUAGCUCCGGACCAAAGGGUUAUGAUCGAGACCAUACUCAAGAGUGGCAAUGUGCUAGCAACACUCAUCAACGAUGUUUUAGAUCUUUCAAGACUCGAAGAUGGCAGCCUUCGUUUAGAAGCAGAAUUAUUCAAUCUUCAAGCAGCUUUUGGAGAGGUUGUGGAGUUGAUAAGGCCUAUUGCAUCAGUGAAGAAAGUGUCCCUAAGUUUGAAAAUGGGUGUUGAUAUGCCUGUGUACGCUACUGGCGAUGAGAAACGACUGAUGCAGAUCAUACUGAUCGUCGUUGGUAACGCCGUUAAGUUCACAAAGGAAGGCUAUAUCGCGAUCGAGGCCUCCGUUGCAAAGCCAGAAAACAUUAGAGGCUGGCAACCUUCGGAAACAUAUCCGUCAUCAACAGACAUACAUUUUUACUUGCGAGUGCAGGUUAGAGAUUCUGGCUGUGGCAUCAGCCCAAGUGACAUCCCUCGUCUCUUCACCAAGUUUGCCGAUCCGCGAAACUCGUCCAGCCGGAAUCGAGCCUGUACGGGUCUCGGCCUUCCCAUUUGCAAAAGGUUUGUGAAUCUCAUGGGAGGUCAUGUGUGGAUCGAAAGCGAAGGGUUGGGGCAUGGCAGCACCGUUACGUUCGUAGUGAGGCUCGGGAAGUGCGAAAAAACAAAUGAUGCUGCUGCUGCAAGUCAGAGAGUAGACGGCACCACCUUCUUCGAUUACAAUCGAAACGACACCGGAGCGAUGGUGUCGAAGAAAUCUUAUUUAGGUAAUGCGACAAAGAAAAGGAGGUACAUUGUGUGAUUUACGUGAUGGGGUAAAGUUAUAGAUUAGCAAUAUCAUGCAACCAAAAAGUAGAUGUGGAAAUCCAAGUUGAGAAGUCAUGUGAAAGAGAUCUUAAGAUCUGUACAUCACGGAAUUAAGUUAUACAUGAGAUUUGGAAGUUGGGACUCA